UGCGUGGCGGAAAUGAACGCAUUGGGGCGCAACCACGCGAUCGACACGGAGGACGCGGCCGAGCUCAUCCUUGGCGAAGACUUCCAGGGCGAGACGUGCUUGUCCAACGCCGAGGUCGCCGUCAUCCUCGAGAAGCAAAAGUCCGACUACGAGAGCCAAGAGAAGACGCUCACCAACGUCUUCCAGAAGACGUACUCGUACGUGCAGCGCUUCUCGGGCACGAAGGACCCGGUCUCGAACCAAGCGUCCGUGACCGAGCUCCGCGAGGCGCUCAUCACGUACGAGUUCUCGCGCGAGCACCCGGACGACCCGUCGCAGACGGUCGAGAUCCGCCUCGAAGAGUUUGAGAUUGCUUGUCUCUCCAACCUCAACCCGGAAGAGCCCGAAGAGGCCAUGGCGCUCAUCCCGUCGCUCCAGAAGCGCUUCACCGAAGACGACAUUGAAGAGAUCCUCUCGAUCAUUGCGCGGACGACCGCUCGCAUGCAUGCCUAAGCUCUAUCUUCUUCAUCGUCAUCAUCAUCUACCGUACUCCUCUGUCG